CUACACCAGCACCGCCCGCGCCGAUCCACCAACCCAAUCCUGCACAACCAGUGAAUCCUAACACUCCAGGACAGUUUCCGUGGGGUCCCCACGUCCCCGGAUCACCUUCUCCACCACCCCAGGGUGGUUUUCAAUUUCAGCAUGGUAUGCCGCCGUCCGCGAAUGUUCCCAUGAUGUCUGGGUUCCCAGCUAUGCCGAACGCCGCGUACAAUCCCGCCAACGGCCCUGUUCAACACAAUCUUAGCGGUUCGGCUGUGUUCUCAUCUCCUCCCCUGCACCCGAAUCCUACACAUGUGCCUCCACGUCAUAUGUCAACGUCCCCGUCGUUGUCCACCACACUCACCAACAAUGCGGGAGAGUUCGGUAAAGUGCUAUCGAACGAAGGUAGAAUGUCCAUCUCUAUCGAUUUUGGUACCACAUUCUCUGGUGUGGCCUAUGCUUCCUCACGUAUACACUCGGGUACUAUUCAACAGAUCUUACGUUGGCCGGGCUCUUUUGAAACAUUCCGCAAAGUGCCGACUUGCUUGCUUUAUGACGAGCACGGACAGGUGAUGGCGUGGGGGCUCGAGGCCAAGAAUGCUAGUCCUAUGCCCGGAACUUACCGGUGUGAAUGGUUCAAACUGUUCCUCGAACCGCGUGCCUUGCGUGACGAAAACGCCGUAGACUCCCGUCUGCCACAGUUACCCCCGGGGAAGACUGCCAUAAACUUGAUAGUCGACUUCCUCUCCUGUCUAUGGGAGUAUGCAAAAGAGGAAAUUACGCGAGAGAUUGGCUCUGUGGCAGAUCUGAACACCGCAGAUGUGAUCUUGACGUGUCCAGCUGCGUGGGAUGCUAAGGGGUGCGAUAUGAUGCGUGCUGCCGCCAUAGAUGCUGGGCUUGUUCAGUCUGCGCAUGCGGGCGACGCAAACUGGCGUGACCGUUUACAGAUUAUCACGGAGCCGGAAGCCGCUGCGGUUCAUUGCGCGCGAUUGACAGAUUUGCACAAGCUGCGGCCGAGUCAGAAUUUCAUGAUAUGCGAUGCUGGAGGUGGUACAGUUGACCUCGCGGUGUACAAAAUAACUGGUCAAAUGGCGAACCUUGAGAUCGCGGAGAUGUGCGCGCGGUCGGGGGCAAACUGCGGUUCGCUCUUCCUCGAUUUGCGCUUCCGCGAGCUCGUCAGGACGCUUUUGGCCGACCACCCUGCCCAUCUGGAUCCCGCGAGUUUGGCAUACUUCAUGCAUGCGUUCAGUCAGACGGAUAAGUUGGAAUUUAAGGGAGAAUCUGACGACGAGACCUACUUCCACUUUACGUGUUUCAACGUGGAUGACCCUCAUGAUCCUUCUGUGGGACUCAUCAAUGGGGAAUUAGCUAUACCCGGAACGUUGAUUCGCCGGGAAGUUUUUGACCCGGUCGUUAACCAGGUACUUGAAUUAAUUGAAGAUCAAUCCAGGAGGGUGGAUCAAAGGAUUGAUGCGCUUUUGCUCGUUGGCGGCUUCGCGGGGAGCGAGUAUUUGUUCAAAAAAGUCGAGGAGCGCUUCUCCGCGAGGAUGAGAGUAAUUGCGCGGCCCUCCGAUGCGGACACGGCUACGGUUCGAGGUGCCGCUCUGUACGGCCUCUCACGAAAAUUGGUAGUAUCAACAGUGAUCGCUCCACGAUCAUACAUCAUGAAGGUCAAGCUUCCUGCAGAACCAGAGGACUGGAUCAAGCGACCGGCUUACAUUAAGGAGAACAGCGCAAGCGUCCCGAUUUGCGAGAACAGGCUGCAGUACCUAGUCGUAAAAGGUGCGAUCCUAAGAAAGGGGCAACGCGUGAAGACCAAGUUUUGCAAGUUCUCACAGAAUGGCCAAGACUGGAACUUUGUAGCCGUGCUGUACACGUCGGAUACAGAUAAGAUCAUGCGAUACACGGAUGAGGGCGAGACGAUGGAACUGUGCAAAUGGACGGUUGAUCUGAGUGCGUUGCCGUCUUUCCGGCAGAAUGCGAGCGUACCGCAACCAAACGGAUUCUAUACCGAGUUCGAGCUUGGUCUUGAGAUGGACAGUGCAGAAGUGCGAGGAGUGUUAUUUUAUGAGGGGCAGGAAUGGAGUCGCGUCGUGUUUGAUUUCUUUAACUGAUAGGGUGUGGGGAUGUAGUUUCACUUUUAGGAUGUUUGGGUUUGGGGUGGAUACCGUUUGUGGACUGGUUGUACCUAUGAGACUAGUCCAAAAGUGCCUGCCUGGGAUGAUGACGGCGGGUCAUGAGAUUUGGGCCCGC